AUGUCAGAUCCUCUUAUCAAGAUUUAUCUCUUGCUUGCUUUCUUCAUUCUUCUUCUUCCCCCAGCCUCCACUGAUUGCAUUGAUCUAGAUCUUGGAAUGAAAAAUGGCGCCAUUUCUGACGAUGAAGUAACUGCUUCUUCUGUACAAAGUGCUAGCACACCAGGAAAGAAUGGUCGACUGAAUUACGCAUCAGGAUCAUCAUGGUGUGCAGGAACAAGUGACACUAACCCAUAUCUACAGAUUGAUCUACAGACUCUUCAUAUCAUCUGUGCUGUGUCCACACAAGGGAAUUCUCAAGCAGAUCAGUGGGUGAAGAACUACAAAUUACAGCUAUCCACAGAUGGGACAACUUGGACAGACUACCAGGAAGGCGGAAAAGUGAAGACCUUUCAAGGAAAUGAUGACAAGAUCUCAGAGGUAAAACAUGUUCUUUAUGUAACUGUUGAAGCAAAGUUUUUGCGAUUGUUGCCCAAAGCAUACCAUGGAUCUGUGUGUUUGAGGACAGAAUUGUUUGGAGUUAAGCAGAAACCAGUAAACAUUGCCCUUGGAAAGGCCACAAUUCAGUCUUCGACAUUUAACAAUACUCAACUGGGUGUGUCAGGUGUGUCAGGGAAUGCAGUGGAUGGUAAUUCCAAUACUGUAUUUAGAUAUGGAAGCUGUGCACAUACUCGGGGAAACAAUCCAAGCUGGUGGAGAGUUGAUCUGGGUUCAGAUAAGGUGGCAGUCUCUGACAUAUUCAUAGUCAACAGAUUUUCAACACAUACCACUGUGUUGGCCAGAAGUGAAAACUAUAAAAUUGCAUUGGGUGACAACUCACAAGUGGUAAACAACACUUGGUGUAAAGGACUCUACAGUUUUGUAAACUUCCCAGCAUCAGCUGUUUGUUUUACCGACCCCCUGACAACUGGCAGAUAUGUGGAGAUAUCGACAGUAAAGAGACAAUUUCUUUGCCUCUGUGAAGUGGAAAUCUAUUUGCGAGGUACAUAUAAUCUUGCAUUUAGAAAACAAACGGAACAAAGCAGUGUACAGUAUGGUGGUGUGAGUAGCAGGGCAGUUGACGGAAUAAGUAACCCAAGCUAUCAUGCUGGAAGCUGUACCCACACAGGCAGAGAUUACAACCCUUGGUGGAGAGUUGACCUGGGACAAGUUGAACCAGUUGCAGAAAUAUACUUAGUCAACAGAAUAGAUGAAUGGUUUUUCAGACAAAAUAGUUUUGAGAUCAGAGUGGGCACAAUAUCUGAUAAUGGAGGAAAUACCAAUCCCAGGUGUGGUAAUAAGCAGAGUUAUAGUCUUCCAAGAGGAAAAGGUGUAUCCUUUUUCUGUCGUCCUGUUUUAUUCGGAAGAUACGUGACAGUAAGAAGUUUAAGAACAGACAUGGAACACUUCACACUCUGUGAAGUUGAAGUUUAUUCUGAAAGGAGAGCUUGCCAAAUGCAGGCCAUUGGUGUGGCUAGCAAUGACACACUCCCUGAUGCCAGCUUCUCAGCAUCAAGUGAGCGCACUAGUUAUGAAGCUUUUAGAGGUCGACUGCAUGCAUUUAGGGGAUGGUCACCCAACAGAAAUGACAGACCUGAUGAUUAUCUGCAAGUUGAUCUGCAGUAUGAGUUUCUUAUUUGUGCUGUAGCUACUCAAGGGAGAUCAACUUAUGAUAAUUGGACAACAAAAUACAAGUUACAGCUAUCCUUUGAUGGUUCCUUUUUUGCAACCUACAAGGAAAACAAUGUCGACAAGAUUUUCAAUGGCAAUUCUGGAAGAAGUGACAUUGUCAAACAUAAACUGAGAGCUGUGAGGGCAAGGUUCAUCCGUUUUCAGCCAGUCAAGUUUCAGAGAAGGAAAGUUUUGAGAGUAGAGGUGUAUGGAGUUCUUAUAUCUAAAGCUCCCUCACAAGCACCUAGUAACUUGACUUUAAUUGCCAGCUCCUCUACAAGUAUUACAGCGUCCUGGCAGUUACCUUCCGCGUAUUCUAGACAUGGAAUUAUUGCAGGAUUCAGAUUGUUCUACAAAAAGAAGGGGUUUAUGGGGUCAAUGUCUGCUGAAACUAUCAAUAAUGGAACAACCUUAUCUGGAGAUAUUAUUGGUCUGGAUAAGUACACAGAAUAUGAGUUUAAAGUGUUGGCUUUUACAUCUCAUGGUGAUGGACCAAAGAGUUCUGUUGAAGUGGAAAGAACAAUGGAAGAUGAACCUAGUGGGGGCCCAGCUAAUGUGUCAUCUGCUGAGGUCAACAAGACCACCUUUAACAUUACAUGGGUACCUCUACCAGGAGAACAGAGCAAUGGCGACAUCAUUCUGUAUAGCGUCAAAGAAGAAUUGUUGUCUCGGGGAACAAGACAGAACAGAUCUUCUUUGAGUAGCAAAACAGUUAAUACAACAAACACAUUCAUUUUAUUGAGUGGAUUAUUGCUUUGUUCGCAAUACCAAGUGUCUGUUCGAGCUUAUACCAAAGUAGGACCCGGUCCAUAUGGUCCACCUGUAGAACUACCGAGAACAGCAGACCCAGGAACACCUUGGGGGUUGAGUGCUUCAAAUGUUGGAACAACGCAAGUGAGACUAGAAUGGAAAGAGCCUAAGCUUACACCGAAAGAAGGCAUUGGCUAUAGAGUGAAGUAUCUCGGAACAAAGCCUUACAAUGAGAGUUUUCGAGAGGAAGGUUUUCAAGAUUUGGGCAGUUCCACUUCCUACACUAUGAAAGGUUUAGUUCCAGGUUCUAUCUACGAGUUUCAGAUUAUUGUAAGCUCUGUAUGUGGACUCGGAGUACCCAAAGGAUUUCCUGAUAGGGUGGAAACAGAGAUGACAGUGCUUAUCAGGUGAUUGUUCUGAAAGUCUGUGAUUGUUAUCAAGAGCUUUCCAGAGACUUUCAUUUAAAGCUGAAAGAUUUCAAUCGAAACAACGACACAUUUUAUCCAUUUUACGUUGCUGCGGAGAUUAAAAAUAAUCCUGUGCACGAUAAGUCUUGGAAAUUUACGGUUGGUGACGGCAAGUCAUAUGGAGCUUUUGUUAACAAAGAACUGACAAGAGGAGAAAGUUACAUUGUAUACCAAAGAGCCCUAACCAAUCACAACAGUCAAAUUUUAGAGGGGGAGGCCAGCAAAAUCGCCAUGAUUUCUAUUAAACCAG